AUGAAUCCUGCCCCGGUCGCCUUUACUUUUCCUCCUCUCUUUUCCAUUAUCUCCCUCUUGCUUGUGUAUACUGUUCCAGUCUCCGCUUCGAGUGGGUCGCAUAUUGAACGCUCUGGAAGUGUCCAUGUCCGCCCUCCACUAAACAGACCGCUGUUUGCAAUCCAGAUUGGCAGCAUCGCUGGUGCUUACAUCGUAUUCGUUGCCGUUCUGCUCGGCCUUCUUCUCUUCGUCGGACGACGACUGCGUCAGACAGUUCAGUCUUCCAAUUACUCGUUGCAGAUGCAGAUGCUGAGGCCUGUCAAGCCGACUCUUGAUAUGGACCCCAGCCCAAUCUCUCCCACCUCGCAGAACCUUCCUAGUCCCACUAGAUCGAAUGGUUUCACCUCGUGGGGCACUGUCAAUCGAGGAGGCAGGCCUUCUCAGACUUCUUUUAACGGCAGCAUGGUGACCGUCGACGAGUCCGUGGUUGCUACAGACCGCCAGAGGGCCCAAGAUGAAAUGGAGAUGCUCUAUGCAGCGGUCAUGGAGCACGAUGCUCAAAAGGCUGCCGGGAUCAAUGUCUCCACGGGGGACUCGGAUUCCCAGAGUCAAUCCCCGGAUAGCCAAUACACCAACCCAUUCACCGACCGCCAUGCUUCGGGAAACCAGGAGUAUCCUCCCGCGGCGCCAUUGAAGUCCCCAUUGAAGUCUCCCAAGCCGUCUCGUUUGACGAAGUUGUUCAGCUCCAAUUCUCGAUCAAAUCCGGAUGCAGGCAAGCUGCGGUCUCCGCGACUUACUCGAAAGCAACAGAUGUCGAUUUCAUCUCCUCUUGCUUCUCCAGAAAUCCGCUCACCCCAGCCCUAUGUCCCUGAACAGCCACCUCUAUCACCACGGAUCUAUAACCCCGGCCCACCUCCUUCGGUGCCCCGCCCAGGACCGGCGGCUGGUCAAAUUAUGCCUCCCACAGGGCGUGCACGCGUGCCCGCCCCAUUGAACCUGUCUCCUGCCACCCAGGCGACAUCGAACUUGCCAUUCCGUGAUGCAUAUCCCCUGCGCAGCGCUCCGGCAACUAAGACAACCAUCCUGGAGAGACCCGUUAAGAAUUCACGCGGGCCUGUGACAGGCAUGCCGACGCCAUACAGUGCGUACAUGCCUUUUACUCCGGUGACACCGUUCACACCUGGCCGAACGGUGACGAAGCGCCAGCGGAAACGCGAAGACAAACAACACGGCCUUCGAGUCCUGAAUGAAGACGAUCUGGUCAAGGAUGAUAAUGACAUGUGGGGCUGA